AUGGUCGUCUUCCUCGCCAACAGUAACAACCUAGACACGGCGAGCCAGAAAACAGGGCCGUACCGGAUCGAACCGGAUCCUACCGGGGCCAAUACGCUGAGGUCGGGGAAUGUCCACACGUCGGAUUUCAAGAUCUCCGGCACAGAACCGACCGUCCUUGUGCCAGGCCAGCCGGUCAACGUCAGCUUCGAGUUCACCAUCACCAAUAGCAACGGCACGGCCGACGUGCGACCCAACCCGAGCGGCCAGCCGAACUUCCUCCCCACCAUCGUCCUGUCCGACUCCUCACAGUUGGAGAACGCCACCUUGCGGAGCAGGCGAGAAACGGACCAGGUGCCAGUCGAGGUCGCUCUGGACUCCAGUUCGCAGGGGAGGUUACAAGACGGUCUUCCAGCCGGGCAGUCUAUCACGUUGCGAGGGAGCGCACUUUUCACCAUUCCCAAAUACAGAUGUGCAGAUUACACACAUUUCUGUGUGAACGUGGACCCCGCCUCAACGUCCACGUAUCAAGACAAGGACGUCAACAACGGCGACUUGUGCACGUCUUUUGGCAACGCCACAUCGACGAGCGACGUUAAAAUCGACUGUACACUCUAUGAUCUAAAACCAGAAAACUGGAUCGUCAACUCGAGAGAAUCCGACAUCCUCAGUGUCGAUUCAGGCACCGACCUUCCCAUGAGCUUCGACGUGACAAACCUGCCGGGCGGCGGAAACCUUCCCGCCAACACCAGGGACAACUACGUCCCCGUGCUGUACUUCAGCGACAAUGCACAACUCGAGGACGCCACCAAGCUGUCCCCGCCGGUACCGCUUCAACUGUUUGCAGCAAAUCGGACAAACCUGAAGAACGCUCUACCGAUCGAUGACAAGCACGAGUUCUUACAAGCAUCGGGCAACGUGACUCUGCCGAGGGAAGACUGCUCCUCCUACACGCACCUGUGUCUGUUCGUCGCCGAGAGGAACUACCCGGAGAAGGACGUCAACAACAACGACAUCUGCAGGCCGCUGGGGUCGCAUGAUGGCGCUGUUGUACGGGCUGCAUGUCCUGCAAGAGUGACUCCAUGGUGGGUGUGGCUUGUGGUGGUGCUGUGUGUGCUGUUCCUGCUGCUGUUGCUGCUGUGCCUGUGCUGUUGGCUGUGUGGCGCCGGGAGGAAGAAGAAGAAGGACCAAGACAUCAGUUUGUAUUCGCUGACGUACAUCGACAACACAGCCGGGUUUGUGCCGUACACUUACAACCCAGUCACCAGCAGACCAGGCCGGCUACCCGUCAAUCAACCCGUGGUGAUGAAGUUCCAGCAGUACAACCUGCCCCGGGGCUGGGACCACGCGCACGAGUCCGUCAACCGGAUGAACAACGUCCCGCUGGCCGCCGAGGGCCCGCCCAAGGUUGGCAAGAGCGGCGUCGAAACCAUGAUCAGCAAGGUGGCCGGAAAGAGGAAAUCCGUCAAUCUCGUCAAAUAUGGCGUCCUGCCGCAGAAUCUCAACAACCAACGGGACAGAAACAACCAACAACAGAGAAACAACCCAGCAGGAAGGAACAAUCCACCAGGGAGAAACAACCAACCAGAGAGGAACAACCCAGCAGGGAGGGGUGGAACAACAGUGUCGGUAGACUUCAGAUGAGGACACGAGAGAUGGCCAG